CCCUGUUUCCUCUGUGCUUGCGACCUUAAUUGCUCAAUUAUUUCGCCCGUUCUCUAGUAUAUUAUAAGCCAUGUUCGGAUGCUGUGUUGCUGGUCGCCUCCUGCAGACAAACCUACAACAAAUCGACGAAACUCACGCAGCUUUCGAGCUCCCAAGCGCCACAUCCAUAAACCACAUCUGCGUCUUUCUCCUCGGAACGGUACCGUUCCCAGAAGGAUAUGGAGCGACUGUUCACUUCUACUGGCCUGGAAAAGGGUUUCAACUGCUCGGAAUGCUCUCGAACGAGAAGCCAUCAGCAAUAUUCCGCCUUAGGGGCACAUUCUCCUCCCAAUCCACAACCACCCAAGCACACGCCGCAUUCUCUUCCGCACCCACAGAGGACACAGGCGUCACAGCCAUCCUUGGAUUUUCCGUGGAACCCCUCGAUCAGAUAGCCAUGCACAUGUCCAUUCUCCCGUCAUCCACAGCAGGUUCCGCGUCCGCACCGAAUCAACCCUCAAGCCUUGUCAAACCCAUAGACCCCACGGUCAUUGCGGAGAAGAUCGUCAAGCAUCUGUUCAACUACGUCUCUGGGUUCAUAUCUGGAAGUGGGAGCGGCAUCGUGGGUCCGGACAGUGUAGUCCCGAUGGGUUUGAUCGCGAAGUGGUACGAGAGCUUCUUGGGGAAGAUCAAAGCGGGUGGGAUGGGCUUCUUGGAUAGACAGGAGUGAUUGACAUUGUGGUUUCGUUGGCCCCUUCAAGGACAAAAGUAGCACUUGAUGUUCGCCGUCUCUGCCUCCUGUCUGAAAUAUCGUGAUACUUGGCUAAUCAUUCUUUCCUCGUGUAGGUCGUCCUGUUGUACGAUGUGGUACCAAAUUGUAUGUUCAUCUGCCU